UAGAGGUUCGGUUCUUUCCGGGCCGCAGUGAUAGCAGCGGGACGUUCUGAUGUGGUGUUCCACGAGCGUUACAGUCGUGCACCAUCAGAGACGGCAAACAAACGCGUUCGUGGAUUUCCGCGGUCAGUGCCAUGUGACCUCUUACACUGGUGACAACCUCGCACAGUGACACCGAGACGGCCGUGACACCCGGGCGACGUCAUGUCGCGUGCCAGGCACCUGCUGCAGAUGACCUGCCGGUCGAGGUCACUGACCCCGACCGGCGGCACCUCGGCGUCGCCCUGUUGCCGGGCGGCCGGUUGCGCGGUUCGGCGCAGCUCUCUUCACGUGCCGCCUCUGACCCCGGUGACCCCGUUGUCGGCGGGAAGCGCGACACCCGUCCUCGGGGUCACUGACCCCGGCCGGCGGGAGCGCCGGGGGUCGACGGUGUCACCGGCGGCGCUUCUGUUCCGCUCCGGACUGGGGGCCGACCCGCCCCGGCGACGACCGGUGCUCGCGCAGCCUCGACUGCUGGUCACCCCUGGCUCGCCACCGGAGGAGCUGCCGCCAGCGCUGCCGCAGGGGGACGCCCUCGGCGUCACCUACGCCGUCCCACCGCCGCCGCCGCCGCCGCCGCCCAGCGCCGACGCGGCCCGGCCGACCGGCGAGCUCCUGCCGCCGUCUCCGGGCCUCAAGUUCGACACGCCAGAGAGAGGGGAGGUUGAGGAGAAUGGCUUGGACGGACACCCCGAGGCUCCUGUGCUCGGGCGCGGUUCGUUUGGCACCGUUGUGCUCGGCAAGCGCAAAGACCGGGCAGUGGCGGUGAAGGUGCUCCGCGGUAGGCAGCCUUCUGCCGGCGAGCUGCUGGCGCGCCGGCUGCGCCACCCGCACGUGCUGGCCGUGCUCGGCGUGUACGGCCUGAACGCCGCCUUCUCCACCGUCGAGAUGGAGUACUGCGGCGACCUCACGCUCCAGAUGCUGCUGGACGACCGAGACGCGCCUCUGCCGGCCGCCGCCGUCGGCAGCCAGCUGGUCUCAGCGCUGGCCUACUGCCACGCUGAGGGCGUCAUCCACCUGGACGUCAAGCCGGCCAACGUCAUCGUGGCCGACUCUGGCGACAUCAAGCUGGGAGACUUCGGCAGCGCGCGCUGCGUUGGCGACCCCGACGCCAGGGGGAGCGGGGUGCGCGGCACGGUGCCGUACAUGGCGCCCGAGCUGUUCCGCGGCGAGUGCGCCACUUGCCGCGCCGACAUCUACUCAUUCGGCGUCUGCACGUGGCAGCUGCUCACCGGCUACAGGCCGUUCGCUAGCCUCGAGGCAGACGUCGUCAUUUACGUGGUGGUCGCUCGGUGGCGGCGGCCUGAACCCGAAGUGCCCGCCAAUGCCGGAAGAUGGCGAGAGGUGGUAGAGCGCUGCUGGGCGCAGCACGCGGAGAACAGGCCGGACGCGGCGGAGCUGGAGCGCUGGAUGCUUCAACUGGACAAUACGGGUCAUUGGCCGUCGGCGUUCUGCUAACGCAAUCCUGCAUACUGCGCCGACUCGGACGGACUGUGACGCGUCUGCGCUAUAUUCCACGUUGAUUUGUUGCAAUUUUACCGUUUUCGUUGAUUGUUCGUUUAUACAAUUGUGUUGUCGUCUGUCGCACACCUUUACAAUUUCGUUGUUACCCUUUGUCGUUCAUCGUCACAAGCAUACAAAAUAUA